AGGAAGCCAACAUCACCAUCAGCUGACCUGCUGUAUGUGGGUGUGUAAUAAACAGUAUCGUGACAGUGGAAACUGGUCCGGGUUUUGGCAGUUUUCCCACCAAGUUAUUUAUUUGAAUUACAACACAACGUCAUGUUACGACCUAAAGCUUUGACGCAGGUUCUGAGCCAAGCAAACACAAAUGGAGUCCAAAGCACACUUUUACUGAACAACGAAGGGUCCCUGCUGGCGUACUCUGGCUACGGCGACACUGACGCUCGGGUCACCGCCGCCAUCGCCAGCAACAUCUGGGCGGCGUACGACAAGAACGGCCACCAAGCUUUCAACGAAGACAAACUUAAAUUCAUACUCAUGGACUGCAUGGAGGGAAGGGUGGCCAUCACACGAGUGGCCAACCUGCUUCUGUGUAUGUACGCCAAAGAGACGGUGGGCUUUGGGAUGCUGAAAGCCAAGGCAGAGGCUCUGGUCCAAUACCUGGAAGAACCGCUCACCCAAGUAGCAGCAUCUUAGCAAACACACUCUUGUCGCCAGGCUUUUCUAUCAUGGAACAUUCAUUUAAAUCUAAAGUGCUUGUUUGAUGUCAAAUGUGUAAAAUAAAUGAUUUCUGACUACA